AUGCCGAAGAACAUGCAUGAUUUGGCGAAAAAGGCGUUGAAGGACCCACCCUCUCGCAAGGGCGAUGACAAGAAAGAUACUGAAGAAGAUGCAAAAGCUGCGAAGGAGCUUGUGGGACUGAAAGAGGAUGACACGUCCUUACUUCCUGUACCCAAGAACUUAACGCGCAACGAGACCGUUGAUUGGGAAGAAGUCACUUGA